UACUAAUCUUACUGGAUGAAAUGGCCGAUGCGAACUUGGACAAAAAACCGGAGGUGAAGCCUCCGCCGGGCCUAAAGGCCAUCAUAGACCACCUGGCCCAGGCUUAUCCGCAGCAGCCGAACCCGCUGCAGGUGACGACGCUGCUCAAAUACUGGCUGGGUGGUCAGGAUCCGCUGGACUACAUCAGCAUGUACAACUUCCCUGGGGAUGCGGACAGGAACAUUCCGCCGCACUGGCACUACAUCAGCUUCGGGCUAAGUGACCUGCACGGCGACGAGCGCGUCCAUCUGCGCGAGGAGGGCGCCACAAGGUCCGGCAUGGGAUUCGAACUGACCUUUCGCCUGGCCAAGACGGAGUCGGAGCUCAAGCAGCAGAUCGAGAAUCCGGAGAAGCCCCAACGACCGCCAACCUGGCCGGCAAACCUGCUACAGGCCAUCGGGCGCUACUGCUUUCAGACGGGCAACGGCCUGUGCUUCGGAGACAACAUCCCAUGGCGCAAAAGCCUGGGCGGCAGUUCCACCUCCAAGUUGCAGAGUCUUCUGGUCGCCCAGGACCCGCAGUUGGGAUGCAUUGAGACGCCCACCGGCACGGUGGACUUCUGUCAGCUGGUCGGCGUCUUCGAAAACGAACUGGAGCAAGCCUCCCGUUGGAAUGGACGCGGAGUGCUCAACUUUUUGCGCCAGGACGUGCAGACGGGCGGCGAUUGGCUGGUGACCAACAUGGACCGUCCGAUGAGCGUGUUUGAGCUGUUCCCAGAGACCCUGCUCAACCUGCAAGACGACCUGGAGAAGCAGGGCUCCGAUCUGGCCGGCGUCAAUGCGGAGUUCACGUUCCGCGAGCUAAAGCCCACCAAGCAGGUGAAGCAGGAGGUGGACUUCCAGGCGCUGAGCGAGAAGUGCGCCAACGAGGAGAACAACCGCCCGCUGACGGAGACACAAAUGAAGCGCGAGGAGCCGAGUUUCCCACAGUCCAUGUCAAUGAGCAGCAACUCUCUGCACAAGUCCUGUCCCUUGGACUUCCAACCACAGGCACCGAACUGCAUUUCGCUGGACGGCAUUGAGAUCACCCUGGCACCCGGCGUGGCCAAGUACCUGCUUCUGGCCAUCAAGGAUCGCAUCCGGCAUGGGCGUCACUUCACUUUCAAGGCCCAGCAUUUGGCACUAACGCUGGUGGCGGAAAGCGUGACCGGCUCGGCGGUUACUGUCAGCGAACCUUACGGUGUGCUGGGCUAUUGGAUCCAGGUCCUGAUCCCCGACGAGCUGGUGCCGCGUCUGAUGGAGGACUUCCGCAGCGCGGGCCUGGACGAGAACUGCGAGCCGAAGCAGAGGCUGGAGCUGGAGUGGCCCGACAAGAAUCUAAAGCUAAUCAUCGACCAGCCGGAGCCCGUGCUGCCCAACGUUCUGCCCAUGUCCCUCGACGCUGCUCCUCUGAAAAUGUAAAGCUCUCAUGCGCUUAGCUAGUAUUAUUUUAAUUUAAUCGAAUUGAAUCUUCCACUAACAAGUAAGUUUUACAUUUAUACAUCUCACAUCUAACACAAUGAACGUGGCCUUUGCUCCCUGCCGGAGUUCAGUCAAAAUAUACAUACCCAAAACCA